CAUAUCCGUGCCGUAGUCGGAUUGCAUGUACGUGAAGUUCGUAGGUGAAAUUGCAGCCAAAUCAUACAGGAAAUCCUCCCAACCUCUUUCGCAAUUAGAGGCGCGGUGUUUGCGGUACAAAAUUUGUACCUUACUUGUUUUUAUAAGUGGUUAAGGCUACGUACUCCGCGACUGGCAGUGAAAGAAGCAAGCUGGCUAAGUGCCGAGUGCAGUAUGUGCUAUUGAAAGUUUUCUUUUCGUACUAUCGGAAAAAGUGUACUCUCGAAACGACGGAUUUGAUAUUUAUAAGAUUGAAGUCGUGCCGCAUCUGAAUCAUAUCCGUGAAAUCAAUCUCAUCAACGGUACUCAGCUCCUAAGUCGUACCAAAAUUGUUUUUGCAAAACAAAAGAAAAUCGACCCCGCAUCAUUAUCAUAUCGCAACCGUUGUUCCUGAAUAGAGAGGUCCUGAGACGGAUGUAAACGUUGUCCUAGCAGUGUUAUUUCCCUGCUCAUCGGAAAAGUGGGGUGUGUGAGAAAGUUUCGCUUUUGACAUCGGCAGAGGAAAAGACACACGAUUAGCAAAAGAUCCUGCCGUGUGCCUGCGAACCAUGACGUCGCACUGGGAGGACUUCUACGCCACCCAUCUGCCUCCGAACUGCUUCGAGGAUAAUCGAUCCCUGCUGAAGGAAUUCUGCGACCGUCACUACAAGCUCAAGAGUCACAUCGUUCUUGUUACGUCCGGUGGCACGACCGUUCCGCUGGAGCACAACACGGUCCGGUUCGUGGAUAACUUCAGCGCCGGCAACCGCGGAUCCGCUUCGGCCGAGUACUUCCUCGAGCAUGGGUAUGCCGUCAUAUUCAUGCAUCGCACCAAAUCGCUGGAGCCGUUCUCGCGCCACUUCACCGGCCAACAGCUGCUCGACAUGCUCGAAUUGCACGAGGAGGGCAUGAGCACCACAAUUACCGUGAAACCGGACUCGGUCGAUGUGCUGGCACCGGUGCUGGACAAGUACAAAAAUGCCCAAGAGACGCAUCGUAUGCUGUACAUCACAUUCACCAGCGUGGUCGACUACAUGUGGCUGCUACGGGCGGCUUGCGAAUCGUUAGCCCCGUUCGAGCGGAAUGCGGUCCUGUUUUUGGCGGCAGCCGUGUCCGACUUUUACGUGCCGCAGGACGAGAUGCCUACGCACAAGAUCCAGUCGGGACAUGGCGCUCCCACGAUUUCGCUCCAGCUCGUCCCGAAGAUGUUGGCCCCGCUCGCUAGCCUCUGGGUUCCGCACGCGUACGUCGUCUCGUUCAAGCUGGAAACGGACGAGGCGCUUCUGAUCGCUAAAUCGCGCGAGAGCCUCAACAAGUACAAGCACAAGCUGGUCAUCGCGAACAUCCUGCAGACGCGCAAGACCCGAGUCGUGUUCGUGACGCCGAGCAGUAACUACGAGAUCCUGCUGACGAAAGAACAGGCCCUGACGGGGCUCGAGAUCGAGGAGCCGAUCGUGGCCGAUGUCGUCCGGCGACAUCAGGAUUACGUGCGCGAACCGGAGCAGCAGACGCAAUGACCCACGCGAUCGACCAGACCCCCGGCGAACACUGCCGGCGCGGUGCAGGUCGAUUGUCGCGUAACGAUGCCUCACUUCUGCAAGGUGCUGAACCCGGGGCGGAAGUACUAGAAGGCAUGGUGGUGAAGGGCAUUAGUAGUAUUAAAUUAGCGAUUUUUCGGCGUAAAGCCAAAGACGACUUAUUAUAUUUUAUAACUUGAUUUAAUUAGGCAAAAAUACGAAAAGUUUGGGAAUUGAAUAGAAAGAUCGCUUGUGUUUGUUA